GCUCAAACAUAAUAUCUCAGAACUGUUCUUACCUUGAAUUGCACGAAAGCGGUUCUUGCGUUGGGCUCGACGUAGAUACUCCAAAGUACGUAGGCUCCGAGGACGCAGAGUAAAUCGAUGUGGCCUGCAGUGCACGAAACCCUAGUAAAGGAAAAAGAUCAGAUGGACCCCCCCCCCUACUGUCAACUUGUUCAUAUUCUUCGAAGGUGAAGUUGAGAAAUGGUAAAGGAUAUGCGGAAUAGUAUUAUUCCCAAUUAGGAAAUAGUCUCUAUUAUGUAAAAGAGCCUGGAUUUGGUUUACCAUCGCAUCGACGUCAAAUUUCGCACCGCACAUAAGGCCAUCAUGAAGCGCAAAAAUGGCCCGGAGCAUUUGGAGGAGGCGGAAAAGCGAAUGCCUAGGCAGGAUCCCGUGUCAUGUCAAUCUUGCAGGCGAAAGAAAUUGAAAUGCGAUCGACAACGCCCCUGUGGUAGUUGCUCGACGCGACGCCUUUCUUGCACCUAUGGAGUCGAUGGCAUACCACAUGUCCCAAAUGUACGAGCACCUACAAACAGGACCGGUGGUGGCUCGGAAACCUCAGCUAGGGCUCAUGUCCAUGCGAGUGCCGCAACCAGACGCAAACCUGCCCAGUCUCCAGCCGCCACGGACGCACAGUCGCGGAAGAGUAAAGAAUCUUUGCUGACGGCGGACUGGCUUGAGCAUAUUCAUAUGGGUGACCGCGUUCCAGCCGCCCUUUCGCCGCAAUUGAGAGCCGAACUUGAUGAACCGAGAAACGGGGAACACCUGGCGAAUACAGGACUGAACGCUCGGUCUCCCCGGGCGUUAUUUUCGAUGUUUCAGGACUCCCUGGGUCCAGAUGAGAAUCCAGCUACAAUCAAUCUAACCGCAUUUCUUCCCCAGAAGGCUGAUACAAUGGAUCUCUUGAAGUAUUACUUUAACUACAUCAACCAUCUUUACCGUAUCAUCGUCCCCCAGCUUGCGGAAGAGCAGAUCAACGAGGUUUAUCAAUGCGUCGAGAGUGGGUUGCCCCUCAAUAUUAACUACCUUGCUCUUCUAUUCGCACUGAUUGGGUCUUCGUUGUAUUUACAACUGUCUAUCGAAUCGUCUGCCCACGCAGAGAUCUGUAGCCAAAAGUUUUCAUUCUUGACCGGGGCAGCUUUGACUCAAGCCAAUUAUGUCUCCUACCCGACGAUCGAAGGUUUACAAGCAUCGCUGGUUGUUUUUCACAACCUUUCGAAUGUCCAUUGCUGUAACUCUGUCAGUGCAAUCUUCAUGCUGGGGUCACUUGUCUCUCAGGCCAAGAAUAUGAUGCUCCAUCGAAUUGACACCCAUGUAUCCCGUGAACAGAGGGAUGUGCACGGGUACAAUUUUAUGGAAUUGGAGAUUAAACGGCGUCUGUGGUGGGAUAUCGCAUCUUUUGACUGGCUGCUCGGGUUCCUGAGCGGGCCACAGGAAUGGACGUACCUGAUUAACCCGGAAUUUAUGCACGUAGAAAAGCCGUCUAACCUUGACGACACGGCGAUCGGAAUGACACCGGUACCCCCGGAUACAGCACCGACGGAUAUGACGUUCUUUCUUGAGCGCUUGAAACUCGCAGAAGCAUGCCGGUCUGUUGUGGAUGGGGUUUCUUCCGCACAACUUCAAGGAACAGAGCUGGACUACCCGAAACUCCUGGAGCUUGACCACGAGUUGCAGCAAGCACAAAGCGAGAUUCCCGACGUGUUCCGGCUCGACUCAACGUCCAGACGCCGGCAUUCGUCUCUUUGCGCAAAACGACCAACAUUUGCCUGGCAACGGUCUUUGUUACAGCAAGCAUACUACUCGCGCUUUUGCCGUUUACAUCGACCCUUUUUCAUCCGUGGAGCUCGGGACCCGAAAUACUCUUAUUCACACAUAAUUUGCCUGCAAUCCGCUCGGAAAGUGUUGGAAAUCAAGAGAAUUAUGGACGAGGAAGAGCCUAGAUUCGCUCCGUCCAGCUCUGUGAUUUGGUCUAUCAUGCAUCAUGUUUUCAUGGCAGCUGUUAUCCUGCUACUGGACGUGUGCUAUAACUGGGAUGACCUCCUGGCGGACAAGAGACGAGAGGAAGUACUUGAGGCUUGUCGAAUGUUGAGCCGAGCCCAGCAGUCGUCAUCACUCGUCAAGGAGGGCAUUAACAGUAUGAUGAGCAUUUUGCAGCGACACUAUCAGCACGGCAAGUCGACGACUUCAGCUUUUGAUCCAGCGAUGGAAGUCUCGAGGCCUGAGGAGAGGCCUGCAGUGGCCUCCUCGUUACCGGAUGCUAAUCGAGUACCCGAGAACGCACUGCCAGACUCCCAGCCCGUGCAAAGUAACGCUGCCGACGACGAGGGAAGAGAAUUGGAGGAUGUCUGGGCUGAGAUUAUUGACAGCGGAGGCAACUUGGAUUUCGAAGCCGAAGACUGGACUGGGUUAUUUACCGAACUUACCAAUGCUGUGGCAGGUGGGACUUGAACAUGCUCUUCGACAGCUUAGCAGUUACUUAAUAUUCCUUUGUAAUGAUAUCUCUUGACCGG